UGAUGCAACUGUUAACAAGAACCAUCUGAUGCCACGAAACCGAGCCUCAGGUUCGGUACAAAGUGCAGCUUUCUUGAGGCUGGCGAUCGAUGUUGAGAGCAGGCGGUGAACAAGACAUUGUGGGCGGAGUCUCCAGGAUCUUGCCCCGCCCCUCAGCGUUGAAUGACAGGUGGCAGCGCGCCUGCGCCUUGAGACCCGAUUUGAAAGGAUGGCGCUGAUGAUAACAGAGGACUGGAUUCGGCGGAGGCUGGAUCUGAAGGAACAGCGGCUGGCGGAUGUACGUUCUUUGUUUCUUCCAGGAAGUUAUGAAGAAAAGAUCACACAUCUUGGAAAAUCCCUUAAGAAUUUCACCCGUCUUAAAACACUAGACCUAUCUCGUAAUUCUCUUGUUACAUUAGAGGGGAUCCAGCAUUUGAUUCAUCUGGAAAAGCUCAACUUAUAUUAUAACAAGAUAACAAGUUUGAAAGAGAUUUUUCUCCUUCGUAAUCUGGGUUGUUUGAAAGAACUUGAUCUGAGACUGAACCCUGUGUCCAAAAAUGAAUCAGACUAUCGACUUUUUGUUGUGCACAUGCUCCCCAAUCUUAGGCGAUUAGAUGAUAGACCAAUUAGAGACAGUGAGCGCAAAGCAGCACUGAUGCACUUCACUUCAGAUCAGGCAUAUGAGUUCCAAGAUUAUCCGGUUGAGGAAGCAGAAAAUGAAAGAUCCAGACAUCCCAGAGCAGAUUUUGUAAACUCAUUGACAAAGAAAUGUACAGAACUUGAUGAGGAUGAUGAAGCUGUUUUGAACCUGAUUGCAAAAUGUGACUGGGAUUUGAACAAACGCUCCGGAAUUACAGGUUCAGCCAAAAGUGUUCCUGAAGCCAAGUUGCACAACUUGCAAAGUAUUCGUGAGAUUGAUGGUGCUUCAGAAAACCAGGAACCUGCGGCAAGAAAUACCUUACAAUCAACCAGAUCGCUGUCCAUCAACAUUCCUAAGGUAAUUGCAAAUUCACAGAAGAAAAGUUCUGCACAGUUUCAAGCAUUUACUGAAGAACAUUCAGCAUUACCCAGUGCUUCCUCUCCACAAUCUCAUGCCCUACCGGGUGGCACAGAGAUCACCACAAGAUGUGGCCGAGUAACCUUUGUGGAAGGUAAAACCCAGGAGUCCCCUGCAGUGGAUCCCAACUUGAAGUUUCAAGAUGAAGCUGAGGCUUAUCAUAGGGUCACCUCCCACGCACACUUUACUCCACACCCAGGCACGUCACAGAUACCAGGACAUCAUUUAGCCAACUCAAUAGCAUCUUGCACUUUCACUGGUUCCUUUCCAGCCAAUGAGGUGAAUGGAGAGAAGGAAAAAGUUGGGGACGAACCCAUCAGGUUGGCACAUGGUCAUGCGACAGAGACGCUAAAACUACUGGGUGGACAAUCCUCAGUAGCCCCGACAGUGCCAGCCUGCCAUUCCAAUCGAACAGGGGAGCCACGUAUCAGAAGGCAUCCUACACCUCUCAGACCUGGUUGUGAUGACAGAAGGAGAAACGCUACUGCCCUUGAAGGCUGUGAGAUGUUUCAAUCCAUGCCCGCUGAUUUACUGUCCGAUGAGUGUGGUGCAGUUGAUGCAAAAAUCUCAAAUCCAAACCUCAUGGAUAAUUUUCUAGACCUAGUUGACAGAUAUUGGAAUGGAUUUAAGUCUCUUCAUUGUAAUGAAAAAUUUCUGACACAAGCAUGGAGAAUCAUGUGUGACAUUCAAGAGCAAAUGGUGCUCGAAAACCAGCCUAAAGAAACCAGGAAACUUCAGGAGGGAAUAAACGAUUUAAAAGCGAAGAAUAAGACUUUGGAAAACUGCCUUUGUCAGCAGAAACAACAGUAUAUGGAAGAAUUCCAAAAGCUAUCUGUGCAACUCUCACAGGCUCAAAGAGACAUGGAAAUGCUGAAGGAUUGUUUAGGUCAGACUUUGGAUGAGAAAAAUCAUUUGCAGAACCACCUGAUAAAACUUGAACAAAAAGCACUUAACACAUCCAGUUCCAAAAACCAGCAAGUUGAAGAGCUGCAGAACCAUAACCAGAAGUUGCAAUGUGAGAUUGAUAAUCUGAAACACAAAGCCCAGUGUUACACCAAAGUCCAGGAACUGGUUGACAAGCUCCAGGAAAGCCACAGGGUGCUGGUAUGCACAAAUGAGCACUUGUUGAGGGAGCUGAAUGAAAUGCGAGCAAGACACAAAGCAGAAGUCGAUCAGUUGCAUUGGAGCUACAUUCAACUGAAAAAAACCAUGGAGCCAUCUCCCCGCAGUAUGACUGCUUCAGCAUCUGGAUGCUUGCCAUUGGGCAGAGAGAUUAAAAGCCGCAUGGAGUUAGAACAUCAAAAACGCUGAAGGAAAUUUCCCGGAAAAACUGAAAUGUCUUACAAAGAACAAAUGACAAAAACCCUGGGUGACUUCAUGCUGUUUAUUGAAAGCACCACUCUUUUUCUACCAAUACAAGACUUACUGAUGAACAGAGAUGUGUCAAACUUGUCUGCUGUCUGUGCAAACAGUAGUAUUUUUACAAUUUUAACUAAUUCAAUGUCGGUUUAGGUCUGGUUCAGCAUUUUGCAAUUUCUCAAUUCUUUUGCUAGUUUUCUCCUCCACUUAUUUCCAAAUGCCCUGAAGUUUGAACAUAGUCCUCCAGAAGCCAAUUACAUAUUUGAUUGCUUAAAAUAUACUUUUACUUGUCUCUCCCUGAAUAAGCAAGUGCAGAACCUCUCAGUCUGGACUUCUAAUAGUUCACUAAACAAACAAAUAGUUUGAAAUCAUGCCACGUAACUUUCCCUGUAUUUGGUUUCCCUCAAUGUGCGAUGUUACAUUGCUUUCAUUCUCUGCCGCCUGCACAUUUGAAUCUGGAGUUAGGAAGUCAAUCUACGGCAUUAGUAACUUGAAACCUUUGUUUGGAAAAAUCUCUGCUUUUAUUAAGACUACUAAACAUUUUAAAAUACAUCAGCAUUAAGAAAAUUUACUACUAACUUUGAAGAAGGUGAAAGAACAAUUCUAUGUCUUGAAUUGCAAGACAAAUAUUAUUAUUUUACAAUCCACUGAAUAUUUCAAUGUAUAUAUGGGUAUUCACAUGGUUUAGGCAGGUUGUUAGUUUGCAGAAAUGAGCUGAAAGCUUCUUCCUAAAUUUCUUAUUCAAAUAAAAAUUCCACUGUUUUAUUCAAUUAUGCAUCUGCAUGAAGCAAGUGCACUUUUAAGAGAAGCAAGAAAACUCAAAGAUUUGUGUUAAUAUUAAAGGGCAGGUGGAACAGGCAGUUUGAGAAUUUUUUGAUGUGCAUUCUAACUAUAAAAUAGAAGCUCCUAUUCUUGUACUUUUGAGAUGUAAACUAAUUUUCUUAAAAUUUUUAUUUUCCUGUCUAUGGUGGCCUUCCUCUUCGGUGGACCAUCUACAGCCAAUUACAGAUGGCUCUGUCUCUGGUUCCACACCAUAUUGCCUUCCUAAUGGCAUUUGUAGCGAACUCUCAUUACACCUCCCCUUCACUCAAAUCUGUUUACAAUAGGAGUUUCCAAUUAAAUCUUUGCUCUGCCUUUCUCUGUCAUCUGCUCGACUGUUUAAUAGUGAGACUGCUUAUCUGGCAACCAUAUUAGAUGAACAGAAAUUUUCUCCAACUAAAUAUUUGGAAUACCAAAGCCAUUGCUUUCGGUUCCCCAUCCAAACUCUAUUUUCCAUCUACCAAACCAAUCCUUCUCCCGGGAAAUUAUGCAAGUUUAAAACACAUUCUGUUCUCGACCUAUUUGACGAAGAGAUAAGUUUCUGAAGACACAUUUAAAACUGCUUAUUUCCACCAUUAAUCUAGGUCGAUGAUCCCUGCCUCAGUUUAUCUGCAACUGAAAACCUUAUCUAUUACCACCAGACAUGGCUACUCCAACACAUCCUGGCAGAUCUCCUACAUCUACCCUGUGUAAACAUGAAGUCAUCUAAAAAUCUGCACCCUCAAUAACUCAACCAAGUCUCAUUCACUUGUCACCCCUGUUGUUGCUAAUUAUAUUGAUCAGAUCCUGCUUAAGCAAUGUUUCGAUGUUAAAAUUGUGAACCUUUUUUUUAAAUCCUCCAGGAUCUCAUUGCUGUUUAUCUGCAGCCUCCUCCAGUUCCACAACUCUUUGAGAUAUCUAUGUUCAUCAGUUGAGGUAUCUUGAGCAUCCCUGAUGUUAAUUGCUCCGCAGGUGGAUACAGUGCUUUCAGUUGCCUAAGCCCUGAGCCUUGGAAUUCCGUCCUUACAUCUUUCCUGCCUCUCUACAUCCCAUUCCUCAUUUGAAAUGCUGCUAAGAACCUACCAUUUUGACCAAGCUUUUGAACAUAUGUUCCCAAUAUUUUAUGUGACUGAUGUCUUUUUGUUGUUUUGUAAAGCUCCUGUGAUGUUACUUGAGAUGUUUUAUGUUUAAGGUACCUUGUAUUUUAUUCAUGUAGGAAAUUCCAACUAAUUGAUCACCUUUUAAAGUUUUCUAGCUUACUUUCACCAUCUUUCCACAUGAGCCACUAGCUAACUUCCAACAUUCCUAUUAAAGCUUCUGCCUAACUGUCAUCACCAUAACAGAAAGCCCAAAGGUCAAUUAAGGAAUGGAACUGGCAGCCCACAAGCUGCAUUUGGCUCUCAUUGCUACUUUAUUUGCUUCCUUUCUGCAAGAAAACAAGCUGAUUGAUGUGAGGGGGAGCAUAGGAGUAGCAGCAAAGAAUGAUGUGCCACAGCUGCCAUAUGCUGUCAUAGUUUAUACACAUCAAAUUCCUUCUCUGUAAUUACUGUAGAUUAUGUGAACAGAGAAAGUAGACUGCAUGAGAGAGAGCGAGGGAAACUAAGAGCUGGCCUUCUCCUGUUUUCAUCCAAUUCUCAAUGACUAAUUAUAAUGUGCUAUCAAUAGAAGUCAGUGCACCUACUAAAUUCGUAUGUGGGUUGGACAUAGAGUGCAGGGAAAUAAUCCAAUGUAAGCUUGCAGGGCAAAGAAAUCUGUGGUCAGAGAAUUACCUCUAAGUUAAAAAUCACGCUGUUGCCAUGCAUGUAUUUUUCAUUCAAUGACAUGACUAUUUCUAACAAAAACUAGCCUUAUUCUGAAACCUGUCUCUGUUUAAUUGAGUCCUACAUUCAACUACCCAAGGGUAUUUAAAAGCCACACCAUUAAAUAAUUCCCAAAAUGUUAUUCUUACAGAAAUGUCAUUCCAAAGUGGAGCAUUUCAAUUUGAAUAUAUCCUUGUGGAAAAGUUUCGGAAAGUCAGUAUACACUAGGUCCAGUGACAAUAAGCUAUUUAUUGUUUAUAAAUCCCUUUCCCGCAAUGUUGUAUUGUUGACUUUGGAUGCACUGAAACAUCCUGAUCUAAUGAUACAGAUAAACCACAUUUGUCUACUACUUGUUCCAGGUGUUACAUAUCUUGUUUUGGAUUAGAUACAAUUUUGGUAAAUUAAAAAAAUGGCUCAAUGUUUUUUCAAGAAGUUUCAACCUGGCCUAAAGACUUGGGAAGUAGCUGUUUUGUAUUUGUUUAUUUAAUGAUUUUUUUUCCAAUGAUUAAUUUAUCAACAAUUGAAAUAAUGUAAGAGUAUUGCUGUGAGAUUUGUAUUGAGGUGAGGAAUCUGUGAUGCUUGGUUUUCAGUGUGAUGAAAAUAAUUUGAAUCUGCAUAGAAAAUCUGUGGGAGAGCAGAUUCCAGUUUCAAGGAAUUUACAAUCCAGUCGCUUAGGACCCUCUUUUAUAAGUAUGGAAUUUUAAUGUGUUGAAUCAUAGUUAGUAGAUUAACUGUUUCUAUCCCAGGGUAAAAUCCAAAGGCUUGACCAUUGUCUAUACAAAUUUGGAAAGCUUUGCAACAUUGAACUUUUAUAAUAAAUGAAGUACUGGUACUACUGGCUAAGAUUUCCUGGGCAAAUACAGAGUUUUUAAAUUAUUUGUUUCAUAUUUUUGCACACGUUUGUCUUUUGAGAAAUACUGGGCAAGCGUUGAAAAGGUUAGCUGGCUGAUGGUCUCUUAAUCAACCAGUCCUGGAAUAGAUCUUUGAAGCUAGAAUUUCUAGAUCAGAGAUAGGGGCACCAACAACUGAGCCACACUACCAAAAGCAGCCUCAUAUAAAUGAUGCACCUAAUGACAAUAAAUUACUAUAACUAUUAAUUACUAUUACGUACCCUUCAAAGUUGUCUUAACAGUGGAACUACUUUGAGGUUGUUAACUGUAAAGUUCCAGGAGUUUCACUUCUCAUUGUUCAGCAGUACAGAACUUUGUUGUUGAAAAAGUACACAUUUUGUCCAAACUUUUCAUUUUGCACUUUUCAGGAUAACUGACAAGAGUACAAAUCAGAGGAAAAACCCAAUUUGUAUUGCAUAAGAGGAGAGUGCUGAUUGGUUGCCAAGUGGGUUCUGAUUAAUCGAGCCUUUGGUAUUAAAAAUGCACCAAUCAAUAAUGAUUUACAAUUAACAUCAACAUAGUUUAAAUGUUAAACCAGGUGAUUGAGUUGGAUUGGUUAGGGAUUGACUUGAGAAAUGAAUCUAUAAGUGACUCACCUAGAUGGUUUGCUAAAACAGUUUGAAACUUUUAUUUGAAAUCUCAUUUGCAAGAACCUCGGUGCCCUGAAGCCCAAUUCAGAAUCUAUGUAUUCCAUGAAAUAAAAUGGUUAGGGUUAGAUUACGAAGUGUAUGUUCAAAGCUCCUUAGUGCCUCCAUUGGGAAAGCUUCAUUUUUUUUAAAAAAGUAACUGAGGAAAUUGAGCAUUUUCUCUGGUUCUCAGCGCAAAAGCAGCAAAGUUAGAAAGCUGUCUACAUCCCCAUGUAACUGCUUCAAAGUCAGGAUAAUUUGAAUGCCUGACCUGAUCUCAGAUCUAUUAAGACUUCUUGAUGCUUCCAGUAGCAAACUAACAGAAAAAAGUGAGACUGUUAAUGUAAUCACAUAUUUAUAUGUCAGAAAGCCACUUAGCCAGCAGAUGAACAUAGAGGGUACAUCUCUAAGUAUUCACAAGUUGUUUCCUUUUUUAUAAUAAAAGAAGUAAUUAAUUAGUGUUUAUAUUUGUAUACAUAUUGAUUUUCUAAGUUUAUGAAUAUCAUUUUG